AUGAUCCCAACAUUGUCGUCAACGCAACGAUCGCGUCAACAAACACUUCAGAUCUUCCAAUCAGCGCUGAAGAGCCAAACGCUCAAGCGGUUUGUGCUCACAUCAUCUAGCAGUGCUCGCUACACCACAAGCCCAAAGUCGAAGAAGCCAAGGACUAUCACUGCACAGGACUGGAACAUCGACGCAGUCGCCCGAGCAUGGGCUUCGCCACCGUAUACGCCAGAUCGCUUCUUUGACGUGUAUGCUGCAUCGCAGACGCAGUCCGAACAUGCUCUGUGGAAGGCUCUGCGCGAAUGCGAGACUGACGUUGUAGUCAAUGCUGUGGCACCAGACAGCAACUUUGGACCGUCUCUUGUUUCCGGCCACAAGAGCAGCACCGGCAAAAUUCUCUACGAUGCUUGGAAGCAAAGUGAUGGCUCCAUGCUCAGGCCUUUCAUGGACGGUGGUUAUCGAUGGCUGCUCGACGUCCGAGAUAGUGCGAGCUUGCACGUAUCUGCUCUACUGGACCCAGAUGUCCAGAACGAACGCCUUCUUGGAUAUGCCCAUGAGUACAAUGGACAUCAGCUAAGUUGA